AUCAAAGUGUCGCACUCCAUUCCCUAACUAACUGCAUGCCAACUGAUGUCGCACUGCAGUGCUCAAAAAAGGUCAGUCAGCGUCCAUCACAUCGACAACAAACGCGCACUGCGGCGCACAGCAGAGGGAGGCUGAAUCAAUCGCCCGUCGAUAAAAGCGAAAAGGGGUGCAGUGACUGACAUUGAUAUUAUGAGUACAGGACAUCACAGGACAGCACAGCAACAGACGGACAAUCCCACCUCUCUCUUGCCUUACGUAUACACGCACCCAUCCAUUCACCCACCAGCCCACCAACACAUUCAUCCAUUCAGAUGCGGUGCAGCACAUUCUUCCUCUCCUCCGUGUCUCUCUCACCACUUCGCCGGCCAAAGGCCGGCGUCCAUUGCACGUCAGCAUCAGACGAGCUGCCAGAGCCGCCAUCGAUGACGGGUGAAUCAUCGCGACGGAAGUCGCCCUUAGAGAAGACAGGAGGGUUUCGGAGCGCCUUGACACGCAGCGGCCUGCUGGCGGUCUGUUGGUGGGACGGGCGGCCGCCCAUGAGGUGGUCUGUGUUGGGGGUGCCAUCAGCGUUGAGCCGCCUGUUUGCGGGGGUGCGGGCGAGACGCUUCAGGAGAGACAUGUCCAUGAACAUCCCACCGGCAUCGGCAAUGCCCUUGCCAUCACCGCCGACACUGCUGCUUGAUGCAGAGGCAGCAGAGCGGCCCUGUCACACACACACACACACAGAGAGAGAGAGAGAGAGAGGCGUAUGACACAGAGAGGCAGACACGUACACACCUGUGUCUGGGACUCUUGUUGGACUUGCUGUUUGAAGUUUUUGAGCAUUGCGAUGCCCGCCUGUACCGACUGCAUCGAUAGCUCUGUCAGAGCCCGACCUGGGCCAUCGAGCACCGCCGCGUCAGCCAUGAAGUCCAACGCACCCCUCGCUGUACGUUGCUGCUGCUGCUGCUGCUGCUGUUUGUCCUUAUCCACACGGACGACGCACACAGCCGACCUAGGAGACGCCUCUGCGGUUGGAUCUACCUGUGACACGUAGUCCUGAGAGAGACACGUAUUGCAGAGCGCCACUGUCUUGUUGUUUGACUGUGUCUCACUGGCAGUGAAAGCGCCUCCAGUUUGAUGUCAUCGCGUAUCUCAUCAAUGACAUUUGCGAGGCCCCCCACGACCCGUCUGCCCAUCAGCAUCACCUCAGUCUCUCCUCCGCUCCCACUACUUACAGCGUCAACAAUGCUCCCAGCGUCAUUGACCGCAUCCCCCGAACCCUUUGCUUCGUGUGUGUCAUCCACCACUCCCUCUCCAUCAGACUGCUGCGAAAACUUUCCCCGCCCAGAGGCGCCACCGGAGCUCUCCACGUCCUCAGAUGGGGGGAAAAAGGACUUACCGAUGCCUGGGUCAGAUGAUCGGCGCCGCUGCAGCAAACGCCUGUUGAGAUCCGUGGGCUGGCCCACCUGAGAUCAUGACAGAUGGAGACAGAGAAGUCAGUGGGUACGUCUUGUUUGCGUAUACCUGUUUGGCCUGCCUUGUCUCAGGUGUGUCUGAGUGCGCCUGCGGUGCGGCACUGGGGAAGAGCGGGCUGUGUUGGCCAGCUGGAUAUUUGUAGGACAACCUCGUGAAGAACCCCGCAUCUGGAGGCAAACAAGCGAGACACACGGGAUGCAUACAUGUCUCAGGGAGCCCUGCCCUGCCCAUCUGUCAGCUGUCUGUCUGUCUGUCUGUCUGUUCCUACGCUGCGAGACGAUGGCGUGAAUCCAUGGGUGUUCAAGGGCUUCCCUGACGGACAUCCGCAGAAACGGGUUUUUGGUCAGACACCGACGGAGAAAGUCCAGCGCCAGAGGGGACAUCUUGGCCAUCUGCAAUGCGACAAGAGAUAGCGCCACACAUCCAAGGGUCAAGGUCUGUUUUGCCUGUCAGUCUGACCUUCUCUGGGUCAGUGAACAGCCGUGGCUGCGAGGUGGCUAUGCGAAUGAGCACAUCUUUGUCGGUGGACCCAUUGAAAGGCAGUGUGUUCAGCAACAUCUGGUGCAGAAUCACCCCAACGGCCCACACGUCAGACCCAAGACACACGACGUGUUGGAGCAGCUCGGGGGCGACAUAGUGGACUGGAACCCUCGCGCGAUAGGCAGGGGUGUCGAUCCGCGAUGCCUUGUCAGGACUCGACAGUUGCUCUGACAAGCCUGCUUAAUCAUGACCAAUGUUUACAGAGGGAGAGGGGCACAAUAUGAGAGACAAUCCAUUCCCUCUACUUGGCUCUUCGACCGACCAAAGUCGAUGAUUUUGAGUAUGGCCUCUGCGCCCUCGUCCGUCAGCAUCAGGUUCUCUGGUUUAAGGUCACGAUGCACAACGUUGAGAGAGUAAAGAUAGUCAAGUCCUCGAAGCAACUGCACAAUGUGCUUGCCCGCCUCCCUCUCCAACUGGACGGAACCGAGAGCCCCGCCCUGACUCACAGCAGCGGCUGGUGAGUGGACGCGGUCUAUCCAUGCGUUCAGAUCGCCGCCUUGGAGCAACUCCACCGCACAAUAAAGGUUCUAAUAUGACCAAAACACGUGACGUGAUCGGUGUCUGCGUGUCGACAGCUGUGCUUCAUCAAUCAAUUACUUACUUAUGUCAUUAUCCAUAUACAAACGGUCCACAAACUGCAUGAUGUGGGGGUGCUGCAGCGUCCUUAACAGGCGCACCUCAUUCAACACCUCGGCCGACUGGUUGAUGCUCCUUGGGAUGAUCUUGACGGCACAGGCCUCACUCGUCUCCUUGCUGACGCAUUUCUUCACCACGCCGAAAGCCCCUUCACCGAGAUGCCGCCCGAUUGUCCAUUUCUUAUGGACAGAGCCAGGGCAGAGAAGCGCUGAUGCUGACGCGGCGGCUGCAAGGGACAGCUGUUCCCUUGACCCCUGCCGCAUAUCGCCUCGGAGUUCUUCUGCAGUUCGGCCCUCGUCGAUGAUCAAGAACAGCUUUGGCGCCGGUGCGGCAGGGGACUCCUCAGCACCAUUUUCUGCGCACGACACGAGGGGGGGCUCACAGGGAUCGGCAUCAUUCGGUGUGCCGCGGCUCCUGCCGCAUCCCAUACGGGGGAAGGG